AUGGUUUGCAGCACGGAGCGAGCUCCUGUUGUUAUUUUAGACGGCGGCUCGCACCACCUCCGCGCCGGUUAUGCCAGUGACGGAGCGCCCCGUUUGGACAUCCCCGCACUUGUCGGCCACCCACGUAACCGCGGUGUUGCGGUGGCAGCAGGAAUGAAUGAAUACGAAAUUGGCGACGUUGCCCUCGCCAAACGCGGGAUGUUAACAGUUAGUAGUCCCAUCGAGAGUGGCAGGGUGGUAAGUUGGGAAAAUAUGGAGAAACUGUGGGGCCACGUCAUGUAUUCUGAACUGCGUGUGAGGCCGGAGAGCCAUUGUUUUAUUGUCCCGCAGUCUGUUAACACACCUGCUUCACAAAAGGAGAAAACACUGGAACUUAUGAUGGAGACAUUCCAUGUGCAUUCGCUCUUCCUGGGCGCAUCACAGGUUCUUAGCUUGUAUAGCUAUGGUCUUACGACAGGGCUGGUGAUUGACAGCGGCAAAGACCGCACAAUGGCUGUACCGGUGCAUGAGGGUUAUGCCCUCGGCCGACACGUAGCGGAGAGUGAUGUUGCGGGGGAGAAAUUGACAGAGUAUUUUGCUUCACUGCUCCGUCUUGAGGGUUACAGCUUUGGUACACCAAUGGAAAUGCAAGUGCUCAACAAUGCUAAGGAGGAUCUCUGUUAUGUCAAGCCCCCUAUAUUCAACAUGACUGGACCCAGCGCAUUCUUUUCCCCAUCAGAGUUUCCUGGCGAAUGCGACUAUGAUCUCUCACUUGAAGGCGCGCCUGGCGAAGGGUUUGAGGAUGGUAGAGAGGAUCACUCGUCGGAUGAAAGAGUUUUUUAUCUUCCGGAUGGUAAUGCCAUUCCUAUAUCAACCCAUCGCAGUUUGACGACAGAGGCUCUCUUCGAUUUUGGUAUUUUGGGUAGCCAGUACGUACCCAAGUCACGCUACAUGACAGAGUUGGGGGAAAUAUUCCAACCAUCGUUUCCCAUGGGUGUUAGUUGGCUCGCAUUUGCUGCUAUCAACAACUGUCAGCCGGUUAUUCGAGCGCAGCUUUAUGCUAGUAUUGUCCUCUCCGGUGGAAAUGUCUCGUUUCCCGGCACAAGGGAAAGAAUAGAAACAGAAGUAACACAGCUCUACAGGGAAACCCACACCAGCGAGGCGGUGACACCCAUAGCAGUUAAUGAUAUUCCCUGUCGCGUGUACAGUGCAUGGGUUGGUGGUUCGAUGCUCGCAGGCACUUCCAUGUUCCCGCAUCUUGCUGUCUCACGGCAAGAAUAUGAAGAACAAGGACACCGCGUUGUGCACUGCAAGUGCCAGUAG